AUGGCUGAGCCCCAGCCCCCGGCCGCCCCAGCCGCGACGGCACCGGCAGCAUCAGCCACGACGGCGUCGCCGCCGAAACCACCCGCGCAAAACCCGGCCCUCCGCAUGAUGGGCCUGCCCGCACUGCCGCGAAAGCUGCCCUCGCGCAACUGGAUGAUCUUCUGGACCCUCUCCUCCGCCCUGGCCGCCACCAUCAUCUACGACCGCCGCGAGAAGAAGCGUGCCACUGCCCGCUGGGCCCACGCCGUCGAGCACCUCGCCAAGCGGCCCCUCGCCAACCCGAGCCAGAUGCCCCGCAAGGUGACCGUGUAUCUCGAGGCGCCCCCCGGCGACGGCCUGCGCGUCGCCCAGGACCACUACAGCGAGUACAUCAAGCCCGUGCUGGCCGCCAGCGGGCUGGACUGGGACUUUGUCCAGGGCCGCCAGCAGGGCGACAUCCGCGCCGCUGUGGCUGAGAGGGUCCGCCGCAGGCGGAGGGCACAGGAGAAGCACGUGGGUGCCGAGGGGGAUGCCGCGGCAGAGGCCCUGGCGACCGAGGAGGACCGCAUCGACGCCUGGCGCCAGGCGCACGGCGUCCCGCUGUACGAUGGCGUGCGCGGUGACAUCGUCGUCGGCCGCCACACGUGGAAGGAGUACACCCGCGGCCUGCACGAGGGCUGGCUCGGCCCACUGACGGCACCGCCGCACGCGCAGCCCGACCCGGAGCCAGAGGCCGAGUCGGCCGACGCGGAUGCCGAGGGCAGCAACAAGACGAAGCGGCCGCCGCAGAUAAAACCUUACGACUCCCCCGAGGACUACGCGACUGCCCACCUCCCGCUCCUGGUGCCUUCCGAGCUGGCUCCUUCGGCGCCCGUCUCCUUCCCGCACAUCCUCGGCUUCCUCAACACGCCGACGCGCUUCGUGCGCUUCCUGACGAGGCGAAAACUGGCGGACGAGGUCGGCCGCGACGUGGCUGCCGUGUGCCUGGCGGCGUACCGAGAGUACCGUGAGGAUGCGGGCGAUGGCGACAGCCCGGACUCGCACUGGGAGCAGCAGACGGCCCUGGCGCACGAGGAGAAGGACUGGGUCAAGUCCGUGUGGAAGGCCGACAAGGAGGAAGAAAAGCCCGCCACUGGGAGCGAGCUUGUCGAUGUGCCCAGGCCGGCAGCCGCUGGCAAGGAGAAGAUCUGGCCAAGGCCGAUGGUCAUUGAUCAGCGCAUCGGCAUGCGGAUGAGGAGGUUCGAGCUGUUGCCCGAGGAUGAGGAACGGGCGAGGGGCAUCGUUGUCCCCGAAGAAGAGGUCGAGGGUUGGACCAAGGGCCACCUGAGGGCUCUUUGGAGGUGGACCGCCAGCAAUUUCCAGAAGGAGGAGCGCAAGGUCCCAACAAGCUUCGACGAUGAGUAA